AUGUACAGGUUCCUGCAAUCACUUGGUUUGGCCCAGCAGGCCCCUCAGGCCGGACCCCAGGCAACAGCUCAGGCAACAGCUCAGGCAACAGCUCAGGCAUCCCAAGCAACACCCCAGGCAACAGCUCAGGCACCCCUGGCACCCCAGGCAACAGCUCAGGCACCCCAGGCAACAGCUCAGGCACCCCAGGCAACAGCUCAGGCAACCGCUCAGGCAUCCCAGGUGACCCGGCAGCAGGCAGCGGACCAGACACCGUCAACGUCAAGGUCUUCUUCUUCUUCCUCGACGCCCUUUGCCACCCCGAUGACGACCACACCGGCACCAACGAGGCGGACAGCAGUGGCACGUCAUCGGGGGGCGGCGCCAUUGAAUCUUGUCGAGGCUGAACUCCUCCAGCUCCGCGAGGAGAACAGGCGAGUCCUUGAGGAAAACCGACGACUCAACGAGGAGAAUCGUCUACUGAAGGAGGAAAACAGGCGAUUGAAAGCAAAUGUAAGGUGUCCCGUCGACAGCAACGUCAGCAGCAACGGUAACGGCGACAGCACCGACGACAACAGCGACAGCAACGACGACAUCAGCGGCAACAACGUCGACGUCAGCGGCAGCGUCGACGUCAGCGGCAGCGUCGACGUCAGCGACCCCGUCGACGUCAGCGGCACCGUCAACAUCAGGGGCACCGUUGACGGCAGUGACUCUCGGCACUUUGGCAACACAGACGGUUCCAAUUGUGAGUAUACUAUGUGGUUAAUUCUCAUUGACAGUAAUCAGGUCGUCAAUAACAGGAUGCGCGACCAGAGACAUAGGCAGAGGACCGUCACCAUGGUUAGACAACAGCAACAGCAACAGCAACAACAAAGGCAACAACAAAGGCGAGAGGAACAGCUGAGGAUGGCUCGCGAACAUCAACGGCAACAGCAACAGCAGCAGCAGCAACAACCAUACCAGACCCUGAUGCGUAUAUUAGAUGAGGCGCAGAGGACUUCGAGACGAGGACGCGUCCGAAAACCUGCUGGUGUUGUCCAGAUGUCCUUGGGAGGAGGCAUGACAAGUGUGCUGACAGGCUACCUUCUCCGCCAAUGA